AUGGACGACGUCAAAGAGGCACAGGACGUGGAAUCGUCCCAGACUGCAGCGCACGAGGCGCAUCUCGUGUUGAUUCCCCAGCCCAGUACGCACGUUCGCGAUCCUCUGAACUGGUCGCUGCGGCGGAAGUAUGUGGUUCUGUCGGUGCUGUGCUUGGCUUCGUUCUCGGGCUCGAUUGCACCGCUGUCAGGGCAGCUGAAUCUUGGGGACCAAGAGAAGUUGUAUCAUAAGACGAAGCUGCAGGAGUCUUAUGCGAACUCCGCCGCCUUGGCCGGCAUGGCCGCAGGGCCCUUCUUCUUCGCCCCCAUCGCACACGUUCUGGGCCGGAGCUCAGUUAUCUUCUGGUGUGUGCUCUGCACGCUCGUGUGUCAGGUAUGGGGUGCUGUGAUGACCCACCCCAAUGACUACAUUCCGUAUAUCAUGUCGCGGCUGUUCGCUGGAUUCUUUGGUGCCGUACCGACCGUACUGGGUCCGCGCGUCGUCACCGACUUAUUCUUCUUGCAUCAGCGUGGCCGCGCUUUCACUGCGUUGCAUAUGUCGUUCUUGUUUGGUACUAUCGCCGGUCCGACAUGCUCGGGCUUCAUCUCUGCAGGCGCUUUUUUCCCGGUGGAGUUCUGGUGGACUGUUGGUCUACUUGGAUUUACUCUUAUUUGCUGCUUUUUGUGCCUCGAGGAGACAGGAUUCAAUCGUGCAGAUUUGGAGAAGAAUCCUAAGGUUCCGCAAGGAUUUAUUGCCAACCGGGUCGCGACCUUCUUCUUUGGACAGCGAGUCGUGCAGCCGACUACCUGGAGGCAAACGGCCAGGAUUGCAAUCACCCCAAUUCUCAUUGGCAUUUGCCCCGUCACCGUUAUCAUGGGGAUCUUUACCCUCAUCUCCUUCGGCUUCUAUGUUGGCGUCAACGCGCUCACUCCUGUCUGGCUGCAGAAGCCCGUCGCCGCUGGGGGCUACGGAUUUUCCCUCAAGCAAAACGCGGCAUUCACUUUCUGUCACUGGAUCGGUAUCAUCUUUGUUCAGUUCUACGGACAUUUAUUGAACGAUCGCAUUCCACUCGCUCUCACGCGACGCUGGAACAAUGGGGUCUGGAAACCUGAAUACCGGCUCCAUGUCCUCUGGCUCCCCAGUCUAAUCCUCAACCCGAUUGGACUGGGAAUCUUCGGUGCCGCACUCCAAUAUCAUCUGCACUACAUGGUCCUCGCGUUUGCAGUUUUCAUCGUCACUAUUGGUUCGCUGGCGAGUGUGCCGGUCACAGUGAAUUAUGUCGUUGAGUGUUUCACGAAGUAUCCUGCGGAGGCGGGCAUUGUGAUUGGUGCAUACCGAAUCGCCUACGGGCUAACGAUCAGCUUCUACAUUAAUCCGUGGGUGGAGGCAGUCGAUGUGGGCUGGGUGUAUGGCAUGAUGGCAUUUUUGGCAAUGUUCUCCUUUUUCUUCGUUAUGCUGAUGAUGUGGAAGGGCCAUGCUAUCCGUGGGAUUCAAUUCGCCAGUCUUGCUUCGAGUGAGGAAGGUGAGAAACUGGUGAAUUAG